UGAUGCUCGUCUGGCAGUGAAACCAUGCUAUUCUACGAUGUCGGUGUUAAACAUACACUCACGUAUAGAGUACUGGAAUUUUAAGGAUAACAAUGAUCUCGGGAGGCAGUUGUAUACAUGUGGAUUACGACACAGAUGCAACUAAAUUUGAUAAACACUAGCAGUAAGGGAGAGAUAUUAUUUGAAACGAAUGAAACAGAAAGGCAGUGGCUCUCGAAGGAAAAUAUGUCAUCAACACCAUUGCCCGGAUCCGAGGGGUCAUUUCCAUCGCUAGACAUGGACGCCACAAUGGGAAGUUCAAUGCGGACAUUAGCAUCGGACAACGAGCUGGCGCGGAGUAGCUCCAAACCGGUCGUCGACAUUAACAUGCCGAUGACAUCACCGACAUCGUCGUCGCUUUCGACGUUACUUCCUACAAUAGGACCCAAUAACAGCACAGUGUAUUCAACAAACAUUACCCAAGCAAUGUGGGACCGACCAACUAUGAUUGGUCUCUCGGUGACAUUGUGCUUGCUCAUACUUGUAAGUUUGAUAGGAAACUCGCUUAUCCUGCUAACCAUGAUUACCUUUAAGCAUAUGCGGACCAAGACGAAUAUUUUCAUCGCAAACCUGGCUUUCGCCGAUCUUGCCGUGACGCUCCUGUGCAUGCCCUUUACCUUGACGACAAUCAUCACAGGAGAGUGGGUGUUUGGAAUGGCCAUGUGUAACACCAAUGCAUUCUUUGAUGCCUUGUGUCUCGUCGGCUCUAUCCACAGCCUCAUGUACAUCAGUAUCCACAAGUUCUUCUCGCUGGUAAAGCCGUUGUCAAGGAUCAUCACCCACCGUCGCAUGUGGAUGAUGAUAUCUCUGGCGUGGUUGUCGGCGUUCUCUUGCGCCAUCGGCCCGCUGGUCGGGUGGUCUUCGAACGAGUUCAAGAAUGGUACGACCCAGUGUGGCCCCAAGUACCCCGAGACGCCGUUGGAACGAUCCCACGCCUACUACGUCCUAAUCAUUGGCUAUUUCAUCCCCAUCUUGGUCAUAAUCGUCCUCUAUACCUGUAUCUUCCAAACCAUUCGCCAAUACACCGAACGUCUACGCCUUCAUUCCUCGAUGGACAUCCAACAGAUAUUUCGGCAACAGAAGCGAAUCAUCGGCACUCUCUUCAUCCUCGUCUUGUCUUUCGUGCUUCUGUGGACGCCAUAUUUUGUGUAUGCAAGCCUGGGGAUGUUCGUGGGAUUUCACAAGCUCCCCGUUUGGUUGAAUCUUUUUGGGUAUUGGUGUGGAUACGCCAAUUCUGCAGUGAAUCCUGUUAUCUAUGCUUGGAGGGCCAAAUCAUUCCGGGAUGCUAUAAAGGAUCUAUGCUGCUGUGCAUGCGCUGGACGAAAGAGACCAUUCAGAUUAGGUGGUGUUUCAAGUCGUGUUGCAAAAGAUGCAUGGAACACGCGACGUGACCCGCUCCAGUCACCUAACAGAUCUGUCAGGGCCAAACCAACAACCAACCUCACCAAGAAGAAAAGCAUCAGUCUUCAGAGUCUCAGCAACGUCAAUACCCUCAUCUUCCCGUACGUCACCUCCUCAAGACCUCCUCCCGCCGCCGAAGACAACAGUACCAGCAACAGCAGAGACACACUCUACACAGACCACCCCUCCAGGGAGGGGUCAGGGAGUCUCUGGUCUAUUGAUGGGGGUUCGUAUACCAGUGAUGUUGCUUAUAGAGUGGGAGCAGAAAGAGGAGAAGGAGGAGGAGAUGGGGGUAUUGGUGGUGGUAGUGGUGUUAGGAGGGCGAACAACAACAUGACGACAUUGGAGCGUGGACAAAAUUUAUUCGAGAUGGCAAUCAUGGCCGCGGAACAGGAGCGCAUGGUGAAUUCACAAACGUCACUGGACAGUGUCGUCAGUCGAAGUGCCCGAUGCCUUAGCGAUGGCGCAAAGGAAAAUCUCGAGAUGAAUUUCUACGACGUCCGUCCGCGACCUAUGCAAACGCUUUCGUCGUUCAGGUCUUACCAAGGUUCAGUGUUCAAAUCUCAUCUCAGCCCAGAGAACGAAGAUGCGCCGAGUUUCGCCGACCCCGCCCUCCAAAUCUAUGGAACAUUCGCAGUGGAAAUUUGAGGAAAACUGUACUAUCAUGACCAUUGCAUUACCAGUAUUCUCCAGAUGAACAUCAACAAAUUUCUUAGAUACAUCAUUCUGAGUUUGUUCUUAAAUGAUCUCACCCCGUUCAAGCUUUAAGAUGCGCCUGGUUUAUAAUUAGGAAUAAUUUUCUCAAUCAUGCUAAUACAUGUACCCGUAAUUUUGUUUAAUCAAUAUUAAUCUGCAUAAUUAUAGACUUACCAUGAACAUAUUGAUUUCAUACUGUCAUUUGAAUCGAAAAAAGCAUACUCACUGGCAAAGAUAUGAUAUCUGGGGUAACAGCUUGAGAAAUGUAAUGAUUUUUUACGACAUAUUCUUAAUAAAACUUACAAAAUUGACGCCCUAAAAAACUUUUGUUUUAAAUAAAUUAUGAAUCCACACAUGCAAACGUUAAUUUAUUAUAGUGUUUGCAAUGGUAGUGUUUAUUUAAGUGUUAUUUUAUUAAUUCUCUUCUCAAACAUUCAUUCAUUUUAUUUAUCAUGAUCAUUUCUGACUACAAAACAGAGUUAUGUUUUGGGAGUCGACGUGUCUCCAUUUUUCUUACUUUCUGUUUCUUCAAUAAUAGUGAUGAAAAUUGUGAAAGUAAUAAGCGUAAUUUUAAUUCUAUAAGUAUUUCAGUUUUUUGAUGAUGAUGAUCAUGACGAUGGUGACAGUGGCAAUGAAAUAGCCUCUGCUAUUCAUGAUGAUACGUCUACGAGUGGUGUUACGGAUGGUUUCCUCGAACCGUCUCCUCAGGUCCUAAGUUAAUUAAAACGGAUGACACAGUCACACAAAUUGGUUAAGAUUCAGGAACCAUUAUUAAAUAUUCGUUUCUAGCUUCAUUGUAAAACCCCAAAGUAUGUAUAUACAUCGGUCUAUACAUCCAUCACCGGUGGUUUAAUCAACUGACUAGAAAUGUAAAGGUUAUAGGUUCGAGUCCCGGUACGGCACUUGUGUCCUUGAGCAAGGCAUUUUAUCUUCUGCAUUGCACCUCUCUACCUGUAAGUGUUAAAUGGGUACCCAGUAGGAUACUGGAUUGUUGAUGGAUUUGUAUGAACAUGUAUAGUUGUAAAAGGCGACUAGCUGGAAUACACCCAGGGAGUGGAGAAUGUGCGCUGUAAUGUACAGAAUAGUAAUUGAAUGAUCAUUGUGAUCAUUUAAUCAAUCGUUACUUUUCGCGCUCAUUAUUGCUCAUGGUUCUUGUCACAAUCAGUCAAUAAUUGACAUUAUUUGUACAAUCAAUAAUUGCUGAUCUUUGUUAAUGAAAUAUGUAUACAUGUACAUAAUAUGACUCAUUUGGGUAGCACAAAUAAUUCAGUUCUCAUUUGCACAGUCAGAAAAUAAUAUAUUAUGAAAAUAUUUA